AUGCUUGAGCAACCCGAGGAGCUGGCAGGCACCGAAGUUGGCGGUGGGGAAUACACCCCCUCCGACCUGCAUUUGCCAAACUUGUUGCCGUACCUGAGUGUGCAGGAGUUGCUGAGCUGGCGCCUCCUUUCGCGACGCACCAGGAGCCCCGAGGUGUUAAUACAGCACGUGGCCGAGAUGGGCAGCAUGGACAGGCCAGAAGCUAUUACCGCUUUCGCAGAGAAGGUGAAGAUGUUCUGCGACAAUCCGGCAGCAUCCUUCGCGGCAGCUUUACAAGGCGAUGCUCAGCUCUACGACUCUGCCUUUCAAAACAGUGCCAAGCAGCAGAAGCUCUACGAGUGCCAGUCGUGGUGUAUGGCCCUUGCGUCCAACGAACGAGCUCAUUUUGCUGAAGUCCACAUUCGCCGCAUUGUCGGCAAGAACCUCGAAUCUUUGCUGUGGCACCACCGAAGUGCGGAUGCAUCCGUUGCCAAAGCCGCCAGCCUCCUUGUUUUCAACUACGCUUCUGAUGCCCUCCCGUUCGUGCAGCAGCGCAUUGCGGAGGUCAUGUUAGACCUGAUUGAAGACUUCGUAGAGUCCAACAUACCUGCCAACUUGGUGGAGAGUCAGAAGUGUAUCCGAACGCUUGAGAAGGUAUUGCGCUCGCUGAGCAAGCCUCAGCGUCAACGGGCGGUGUCGCUUAUGGUCAAGCUGGUAAUGGACCCUCACGUCCCCAAACAGGCAGUGAUCUGGCAGCUGAAGAUGCUGUGGCUGGCUGACGACAAUCCCAGACAAACCUAUGCACAAGCGCAUCAGCAGCUGCAGAUUGUCGCCAAGUCCGACACCGCAGCUUUGAAGAAUGACCUACUGAUCCUCCUGAACAGCUGCUGA